CUGGUGGUUGGCAACUCACUUGUGUUAUCGACGGGGUCGACGAGGCCUAGGGAGAGCACCCGAGGGUCCAUGGCCGCUGCCAGCAAGCGUGUGUUGACCCGACUCAAAACACAUAUGUCUCACGGGUGUGCGCUGGAGCUGGUGGUUGGCAACUCACUUGUGUUAUCGACGGGGUCGACGAGGCCUAGGGAGAGCACCCGAGGGUCCAUGGCCGCUGCCAGCAAGCGUGUGUUGACCCGACUCAAAACACAUAUGUCUCACGGGUGUGCGCUGGAGCUGGUGGUUGGCAACUCACUUGUGUUAUCGACGGGGUCGACGAGGCCUAGGGAGAGCACCCGAGGGUCCAUGGCCGCUGCCAGCAAGCGUGUGUUGACCCGACUCAAAACACAUAUGUCUCACGGGUGUGCGCUGGAGCUGGUGGUUGGCAGCUCACUUGUGUUAUCGACGGGGUCGACGAGGCCUAGGGAGAGCACCCGAGGGUCCAUGGCCGCUGCCAGCAAGCGUGUGUUGACCCGACUCAAAACACAUAUGUCUCACGGGUGUGCGCUGGAGCUGGUGGUUGGCAACUCACUUGUGUUAUCGACGGGGUCGACGAGGCCUAGGGAGAGCACCCGAGGGUCCAUGGCCGCUGCCAGCAAGCGUGUGUUGACCCGACUCAAAACACAUAUGUCUCACGGGUGUGCGCUGGAGCUGGUGGUUGGCAACUCACUUGUGUUAUCGACGGGGUCGAGAGGCCUAGGGAGAGCACCCGAGGCUGGUGGUUGGCAACUCACUUGUGUUAUCGACGGGGUCGAGAGGCCUAGGGAGAGCACCCGAGGGUCCAUGGCCGCUGCCAGCAAGCGUGUGUUGACCCGACUCAAAACACAUAUGUCUCACGGGUGUGCGCUGGAGCUGGUGGUUGGCAACUCACUUGUGUUAUCGACGGGGUCGACGAGGCCUAGGGAGAGCACCCGAGGGUCCAUGGCCGCUGCCAGCAAGCGUGUGUUGACCCGACUCAAAACACAUAUGUCUCACGGGUGUGCGCUGGAGCUGGUGGUUGGCAACUCACUUGUGUUAUCGACGGGGUCGACGAGGCCUAGGGAGAGCACCCGAGGGUCCAUGGCCGCUGCCAGCAAGCGUGUGUUGACCCGACUCAAAACACAUAUGUCUCACGGGUGUGCGCUGGAGCUGGUGGUUGGCAGCUCACUUGUGUUAUCGACGGGGUCGACGAGGCCUAGGGAGAGCACCCGAGGGUCCAUGGCCGCUGCCAGCAAGCGUGUGUUGACCCGACUCAAAACACAUAUGUCUCACGGGUGUGCGCUGGAGCUGGUGGUUGGCAGCUCACUUGUGUUAUCGACGGGGUCGACGAGGCCUAGGGAGAGCACCCGAGGGUCCAUGGCCGCUGCCAGCAAGCGUGUGUUGACCCGACUCAAAACACAUAUGUCUCACGGGUGUGCGCUGGAGCUGGUGGUUGGCAACUCACUUGUGUUAUCGACGGGGUCGACGAGGCCUAGGGAGAGCACCCGAGGGUCCAUGGCCGCUGCCAGCAAGCGUGUGUUGACCCGACUCAAAACACAUAUGUCUCACGGGUGUGCGCUGGAGCUGGUGGUUGGCAGCUCACUUGUGUUAUCGACGGGGUCGACGAGGCCUAGGGAGAGCACCCGAGGGUCCAUGGCCGCUGCCAGCAAGCGUGUGUUGACCCGACUCAAAACACAUAUGUCUCACGGGUGUGCGCUGGAGCUGGUGGUUGGCAACUCACUUGUGUUAUCGACGGGGUCGACGAGGCCUAGGGAGAGCACCCGAGGGUCCAUGGCCGCUGCCAGCAAGCGUGUGUUGACCCGACUCAAAACACAUAUGUCUCACGGGUGUGCGCUGGAGCUGGUGCUGGUGGUUGGCAACUCACUUGUGUUAUCGACGGGGUCGACGAGGCCUAGGGAGAGCACCCGAGGGUCCAUGGCCGCUGCCAGCAAGCGUGUGUUGACCCGACUCAAAACACAUAUGUCUCACGGGUGUGCGCUGGAGCUGGUGGUUGGCAACUCACUUGUGUUAUCGACGGGGUCGACGAGGCCUAGGGAGAGCACCCGAGGGUCCAUGGCCGCUGCCAGCAAGCGUGUGUUGACCCGACUCAAAACACAUAUGUCUCACGGGUGUGCGCUGGAGCUGGUGGUUGGCAACUCACUUGUGUUAUCGACGGGGUCGACGAGGCCUAGGGAGAGCACCCGAGGGUCCAUGGCCGCUGCCAGCAAGCGUGUGUUGACCCGACUCAAAACACAUAUGUCUCACGGGUGUGCGCUGGAGCUGGUGGUUGGCAACUCACUUGUGUUAUCGACGGGGUCGACGAGGCCUAGGGAGAGCACCCGAGGGUCCAUGGCCGCUGCCAGCAAGCGUGUGUUGACCCGACUCAAAACACAUAUGUCUCACGGGUGUGCGCUGGAGCUGGUGGUUGGCAGCUCACUUGUGUUAUCGACGGGGUCGACGAGGCCUAGGGAGAGCACCCGAGGGUCCAUGGCCGCUGCCAGCAAGCGUGUGUUGACCCGACUCAAAACACAUAUGUCUCACGGGUGUGCGCUGGAGCUGGUGGUUGGCAACUCACUUGUGUUAUCGACGGGGUCGACGAGGCCUAGGGAGAGCACCCGAGGGUCCAUGGCCGCUGCCAGCAAGCGUGUGUUGACCCGACUCAAAACACAUAUGUCUCACGGGUGUGCGCUGGAGCUGGUGCUGGUGGUUGGCAACUCACUUGUGUUAUCGACGGGGUCGACGAGGCCUAGGGAGAGCACCCGAGGGUCCAUGGCCGCUGCCAGCAAGCGUGUGUUGACCCGACUCAAAACACAUAUGUCUCACGGGUGUGCGCUGGAGCUGGUGGUUGGCAACUCACUUGUGUUAUCGACGGGGUCGACGAGGCCUAGGGAGAGCACCCGAGGGUCCAUGGCCGCUGCCAGCAAGCGUGUGUUGACCCGACUCAAAACACAUAUGUCUCACGGGUGUGCGCUGGAGCUGGUGGUUGGCAACUCACUUGUGUUAUCGACGGGGUCGACGAGGCCUAGGGAGAGCACCCGAGGGUCCAUGGCCGCUGCCAGCAAGCGUGUGUUGACCCGACUCAAAACACAUAUGUCUCACGGGUGUGCGCUGGAGCUGGUGGUUGGCAACUCACUUGUGUUAUCGACGGGGUCGACGAGGCCUAGGGAGAGCACCCGAGGGUCCAUGGCCGCUGCCAGCAAGCGUGUGUUGACCCGACUCAAAACACAUAUGUCUCACGGGUGUGCGCUGGAGCUGGUGGUUGGCAACUCACUUGUGUUAUCGACGGGGUCGACGAGGCCUAGGGAGAGCACCCGAGGGUCCAUGGCCGCUGCCAGCAAGCGUGUGUUGACCCGACUCAAAACACAUAUGUCUCACGGGUGUGCGCUGGAGCUGGUGGUUGGCAGCUCACUUGUGUUAUCGACGGGGUCGACGAGGCCUAGGGAGAGCACCCGAGGGUCCAUGGCCGCUGCCAGCAAGCGUGUGUUGACCCGACUCAAAACACAUAUGUCUCACGGGUGUGCGCUGGAGCUGGUGGUUGGCAACUCACUUGUGUUAUCGACGGGGUCGACGAGGCCUAGGGAGAGCACCCGAGGGCCUAGGGAGAGCACCCGAGGGUCCAUGGCCGCUGCCAGCAAGCGUGUGUUGACCCGACUCAAAACACAUAUGUCUCACGGGUGUGCGCUGGAGCUGGUGGUUGGCAACUCACUUGUGUUAUCGACGGGGUCGACGAGGCCUAGGGAGAGCACCCGAGGGUCCAUGGCCGCUGCCAGCAAGCGUGUGUUGACCCGACUCAAAACACAUAUGUCUCACGGGUGUGCGCUGGAGCUGGUGGUUGGCAACUCACUUGUGUUAUCGACGGGGUCGACGAGGCCUAGGGAGAGCACCCGAGGGUCCAUGGCCGCUGCCAGCAAGCGUGUGUUGACCCGACUCAAAACACAUAUGUCUCACGGGUGUGCGCUGGAGCUGGUGGUUGGCAACUCACUUGUGUUAUCGACGGGGUCGACGAGGCCUAGGGAGAGCACCCGAGGGUCCAUGGCCGCUGCCAGCAAGCGUGUGUUGACCCGACUCAAAACACAUAUGUCUCACGGGUGUGCGCUGGAGCUGGUGGUUGGCAACUCACUUGUGUUAUCGACGGGGUCGACGAGGCCUAGGGAGAGCACCCGAGGGUCCAUGGCCGCUGCCAGCAAGCGUGUGUUGACCCGACUCAAAACACAUAUGUCUCACGGGUGUGCGCUGGAGCUGGUGGUUGGCAGCUCACUUGUGUUAUCGACGGGGUCGACGAGGCCUAGGGAGAGCACCCGAGGGUCCAUGGCCGCUGCCAGCAAGCGUGUGUUGACCCGACUCAAAACACAUAUGUCUCACGGGUGUGCGCUGGAGCUGGUGGUUGGCAACUCACUUGUGUUAUCGACGGGGUCGACGAGGCCUAGGGAGAGCACCCGAGGGCCUAGGGAGAGCACCCGAGGGUCCAUGGCCGCUGCCAGCAAGCGUGUGUUGACCCGACUCAAAACACAUAUGUCUCACGGGUGUGCGCUGGAGCUGGUGGUUGGCAACUCACUUGUGUUAUCGACGGGGUCGACGAGGCCUAGGGAGAGCACCCGAGGGUCCAUGGCCGCUGCCAGCAAGCGUGUGUUGACCCGACUCAAAACACAUAUGUCUCACGGGUGUGCGCUGGAGCUGGUGGUUGGCAACUCACUUGUGUUAUCGACGGGGUCGACGAGGCCUAGGGAGAGCACCCGAGGGUCCAUGGCCGCUGCCAGCAAGCGUGUGUUGACCCGACUCAAAACACAUAUGUCUCACGGGUGUGCGCUGGAGCUGGUGGUUGGCAACUCACUUGUGUUAUCGACGGGGUCGACGAGGCCUAGGGAGAGCACCCGAGGGUCCAUGGCCGCUGCCAGCAAGCGUGUGUUGACCCGACUCAAAACACAUAUGUCUCACGGGUGUGCGCUGGAGCUGGUGGUUGGCAACUCACUUGUGUUAUCGACGGGGUCGACGAGGCCUAGGGAGAGCACCCGAGGGUCCAUGGCCGCUGCCAGCAAGCGUGUGUUGACCCGACUCAAAACAUAUAUGUCUCACGGGUGUGCGCUGGAGCUGGUGGUUGGCAACUCACUUGUGUUAUCGACGGGGUCGACGAGGCCUAGGGAGAGCACCCGAGGGUCCAUGGCCGCUGCCAGCAAGCGUGUGUUGACCCGACUCAAAACACAUAUGUCUCACGGGUGUGCGCUGGAGCUGGUGGUUGGCAACUCACUUGUGUUAUCGACGGGGUCGACGAGGCCUAGGGAGAGCACCCGAGGGUCCAUGGCCGCUGCCAGCAAGCGUGUGUUGACCCGACUCAAAACACAUAUGUCUCACGGGUGUGCGCUGGAGCUGGUGGUUGGCAACUCACUUGUGUUAUCGACGGGGUCGACGAGGCCUAGGGAGAGCACCCGAGGGUCCAUGGCCGCUGCCAGCAAGCGUGUGUUGACCCGACUCAAAACACAUAUGUCUCACGGGUGUGCGCUGGAGCUGGUGGUUGGCAACUCACUUGUGUUAUCGACGGGGUCGACGAGGCCUAGGGAGAGCACCCGAGGGUCCAUGGCCGCUGCCAGCAAGCGUGUGUUGACCCGACUCAAAACACAUAUGUCUCACGGGUGUGCGCUGGAGCUGGUGGUUGGCAACUCACUUGUGUUAUCGACGGGGUCGACGAGGCCUAGGGAGAGCACCCGAGGGUCCAUGGCCGCUGCCAGCAAGCGUGUGUUGACCCGACUCAAAACACAUAUGUCUCACGGGUGUGCGCUGGAGCUGGUGGUUGGCAACUCACUUGUGUUAUCGACGGGGUCGACGAGGCCUAGGGAGAGCACCCGAGGGUCCAUGGCCGCUGCCAGCAAGCGUGUGUUGACCCGACUCAAAACACAUAUGUCUCACGGGUGUGCGCUGGAGCUGGUGGUUGGCAGCUCACUUGUGUUAUCGACGGGGUCGACGAGGCCUAGGGAGAGCACCCGAGGGUCCAUGGCCGCUGCCAGCAAGCGUGUGUUGACCCGACUCAAAACACAUAUGUCUCACGGGUGUGCGCUGGAGCUGGUGGUUGGCAACUCACUUGUGUUAUCGACGGGGUCGAGAGGCCUAGGGAGAGCACCCGAGGCUGGUGGUUGGCAACUCACUUGUGUUAUCGACGGGGUCGAGAGGCCUAGGGAGAGCACCCGAUGGUCCAUGGCCGCUGCCAGCAAGCGUGUGUUGACCCGACUCAAAACACAUAUGUCUCACGGGUGUGCGCUGGAGCUGGUGGUUGGCAGCUCACUUGUGUUAUCGACGGGGUCGACGAGGCCUAGGGAGAGCACCCGAGGGUCCAUGGCCGCUGCCAGCAAGCGUGUGUUGACCCGACUCAAAACACAUAUGUCUCACGGGUGUGCGCUGGAGCUGGUGGUUGGCAACUCACUUGUGUUAUCGACGGGGUCGACGAGGCCUAGGGAGAGCACCCGAGGGUCCAUGGCCGCUGCCAGCAAGCGUGUGUUGACCCGACUCAAAACACAUAUGUCUCACGGGUGUGCGCUGGAGCUGGUGGUUGGCAGCUCACUUGUGUUAUCGACGGGGUCGACGAGGCCUAGGGAGAGCACCCGAGGGUCCAUGGCCGCUGCCAGCAAGCGUGUGUUGACCCGACUCAAAACACAUAUGUCUCACGGGUGUGCGCUGGAGCUGGUGGUUGGCAACUCACUUGUGUUAUCGACGGGGUCGACGAGGCCUAGGGAGAGCACCCGAGGGUCCAUGGCCGCUGCCAGCAAGCGUGUGUUGACCCGACUCAAAACACAUAUGUCUCACGGGUGUGCGCUGGAGCUGGUGGUUGGCAGCUCACUUGUGUUAUCGACGGGGUCGACGAGGCCUAGGGAGAGCACCCGAGGGUCCAUGGCCGCUGCCAGCAAGCGUGUGUUGACCCGACUCAAAACACAUAUGUCUCACGGGUGUGCGCUGGAGCUGGUGGUUGGCAGCUCACUUGUGUUAUCGACGGGGUCGACGAGGCCUAGGGAGAGCACCCGAGGGUCCAUGGCCGCUGCCAGCAAGCGUGUGUUGACCCGACUCAAAACACAUAUGUCUCACGGGUGUGCGCUGGAGCUGGUGGUUGGCAGCUCACUUGUGUUAUCGACGGGGUCGACGAGGCCUAGGGAGAGCACCCGAGGGUCCAUGGCCGCUGCCAGCAAGCGUGUGUUGACCCGACUCAAAACACAUAUGUCUCACGGGUGUGCGCUGGAGCUGGUGGUUGGCAACUCACUUGUGUUAUCGACGGGGUCGACGAGGCCUAGGGAGAGCACCCGAGGGUCCAUGGCCGCUGCCAGCAAGCGUGUGUUGACCCGACUCAAAACACAUAUGUCUCACGGGUGUGCGCUGGAGCUGGUGGUUCGCAACUCACUUGUGUUAUCGACGGGGUCGACGAGGCCUAGGGAGAGCACCCGAGGGUCCAUGGCCGCUGCCAGCAAGCGUGUGUUGACCCGACUCAAAACACAUAUGUCUCACGGGUGUGCGCUGGAGCUGGUGGUUGGCAACUCACUUGUGUUAUCGACGGGGUCGACGAGGCCUAGGGAGAGCACCCGAGGGUCCAUGGCCGCUGCCAGCAAGCGUGUGUUGACCCGACUCAAAACACAUAUGUCUCACGGGUGUGCGCUGGAGCUGGUGGUUGGCAACUCACUUGUGUUAUCGACGGGGUCGACGAGGCCUAGGGAGAGCACCCGAGGGUCCAUGGCCGCUGCCAGCAAGCGUGUGUUGACCCGACUCAAAACACAUAUGUCUCACGGGUGUGCGCUGGAGCUGGUGGUUGGCAACUCACUUGUGUUAUCGACGGGGUCGACGAGGCCUAGGGAGAGCACCCGAGGGUCCAUGGCCGCUGCCAGCAAGCGUGUGUUGACCCGACUCAAAACACAUAUGUCUCACGGGUGUGCGCUGGAGCUGGUGGUUGGCAACUCACUUGUGUUAUCGACGGGGUCGACGAGGCCUAGGGAGAGCACCCGAGGGUCCAUGGCCGCUGCCAGCAAGCGUGUGUUGACCCGACUCAAAACACAUAUGUCUCACGGGUGUGCGCUGGAGCUGGUGGUUGGCAACUCACUUGUGUUAUCGACGGGGUCGACGAGGCCUAGGGAGAGCACCCGAGGGUCCAUGGCCGCUGCCAGCAAGCGUGUGUUGACCCGACUCAAAACACAUAUGUCUCACGGGUGUGCGCUGGAGCUGGUGGUUGGCAACUCACUUGUGUUAUCGACGGGGUCGACGAGGCCUAGGGAGAGCACCCGAGGGUCCAUGGCCGCUGCCAGCAAGCGUGUGUUGACCCGACUCAAAACACAUAUGUCUCACGGGUGUGCGCUGGAGCUGGUGGUUGGCAACUCACUUGUGUUAUCGACGGGGUCGACGAGGCCUAGGGAGAGCACCCGAGGGUCCAUGGCCGCUGCCAGCAAGCGUGUGUUGACCCGACUCAAAACACAUAUGUCUCACGGGUGUGCGCUGGAGCUGGUGGUUGGCAACUCACUUGUGUUAUCGACGGGGUCGACGAGGCCUAGGGAGAGCACCCGAGGGUCCAUGGCCGCUGCCAGCAAGCGUGUGUUGACCCGACUCAAAACACAUAUGUCUCACGGGUGUGCGCUGGAGCUGGUGGUUGGCAACUCACUUGUGUUAUCGACGGGGUCGACGAGGCCUAGGGAGAGCACCCGAGGGUCCAUGGCCGCUGCCAGCAAGCGUGUGUUGACCCGACUCAAAACACAUAUGUCUCACGGGUGUGCGCUGGAGCUGGUGGUUGGCAACUCACUUGUGUUAUCGACGGGGUCGACGAGGCCUAGGGAGAGCACCCGAGGGUCCAUGGCCGCUGCCAGCAAGCGUGUGUUGACCCGACUCAAAACACAUAUGUCUCACGGGUGUGCGCUGGAGCUGGUGGUUGGCAACUCACUUGUGUUAUCGACGGGGUCGACGAGGCCUAGGGAGAGCACCCGAGGGUCCAUGGCCGCUGCCAGCAAGCGUGUGUUGACCCGACUCAAAACACAUAUGUCUCACGGGUGUGCGCUGGAGCUGGUGGUUGGCAACUCACUUGUGUUAUCGACGGGGUCGACGAGGCCUAGGGAGAGCACCCGAGGGUCCAUGGCCGCUGCCAGCAAGCGUGUGUUGACCCGACUCAAAACACAUAUGUCUCACGGGUGUGCGCUGGAGCUGGUGGUUGGCAGCUCACUUGUGUUAUCGACGGGGUCGACGAGGCCUAGGGAGAGCACCCGAGGGUCCAUGGCCGCUGCCAGCAAGCGUGUGUUGACCCGACUCAAAACACAUAUGUCUCACGGGUGUGCGCUGGAGCUGGUGGUUGGCAACUCACUUGUGUUAUCGACGGGGUCGACGAGGCCUAGGGAGAGCACCCGAGGGUCCAUGGCCGCUGCCAGCAAGCGUGUGUUGACCCGACUCAAAACACAUAUGUCUCACGGGUGUGCGCUGGAGCUGGUGGUUGGCAACUCACUUGUGUUAUCGACGGGGUCGACGAGGCCUAGGGAGAGCACCCGAGGGUCCAUGGCCGCUGCCAGCAAGCGUGUGUUGACCCGACUCAAAACACAUAUGUCUCACGGGUGUGCGCUGGAGCUGGUGGUUGGCAGCUCACUUGUGUUAUCGACGGGGUCGACGAGGCCUAGGGAGAGCACCCGAGGGUCCAUGGCCGCUGCCAGCAAGCGUGUGUUGACCCGACUCAAAACACAUAUGUCUCAUGGGUGUGCGCUGGAGCUGGUGGUUGGCAACUCACUUGUGUUAUCGACGGGGUCGACGAGGCCUAGGGAGAGCACCCAAGGGUCCAUGGCCGCUGCCAGCAAGCGUGUGUUGACCCGACUCAAAACACAUAUGUCUCACGGGUGUGCGCUGGAGCUGGUGGUUGGCAACUCACUUGUGUUAUCGACGGGGUCGACGAGGCCUAGGGAGAGCACCCGAGGGUCCAUGGCCGCUGCCAGCAAGCGUGUGUUGACCCGACUCAAAACACAUAUGUCUCACGGGUGUGCGCUGGAGCUGGUGGUUGGCAACUCACUUGUGUUAUCGACGGGGUCGAGAGGCCUAGGGAGAGCACCCGAUGGUCCAUGGCCGCUGCCAGCAAGCGUGUGUUGA